GCCCCCCUCUCCUCGCCGCUUAGGCUCCGCGGCCUCCAAGCUGUAGCUAUGACGGCGCGCGGGACUCCGAGCCGCUUCUUGGCCAGCGUUCUCCACAACGGACUGGGUCGCUACGUGCAGCAGCUGCAGCGUCUGAGCUUCAGCGUCAGCCGCGACGGCGCCUCGUCUCGCGGCGCCAGGGAGUUCGUGGAGCGGGAGGUGAUCGACUUCGCCCGACGGAAUCCAGGGGUCGUAAUAUAUGUAAACUCGCGUCCGUGCUGCGUGCCCAGAGUAGUGGCCGAAUACCUUAACGGGGCUGUGCGCGAGGAGAGCAUCCACUGCAAGUCGGUCGAGGAGAUCUCGACGCUGGUGCAGAAGCUGGCCGACCAGUCGGGCUUGGACGUGAUCCGCAUCCGCAAGCCCUUCCACACCGACAACCCUAGCAUCCAGGGCCAGUGGCACCCCUUCACCAACAAGCCGACCACGUUCCGCGGGCUACGCCCCCGAGAGGUUCAGGAUCCUGCCCCAGCCCAGGUGCAAGCACAGUGAAGAGUUGCCCCACCAACUGCAGCCCCAGGCUUUGGACUGUUUCUCCAGUAAAGGUGGUUCUUCCCCUUUGGGAUUCCAAGCUCAGGCAAAUGGAACCCAUCAGUGGGCAAGUUGACAGAGGUUCUGCUUGGGAUAAUGAAGAGCUGCCUGUUUCUUUCCAGUGCCUGCUUCUGGGGGCAGUGACCUUGUGAACCACUCAUUUUUAUGCAAGUGGCAUCCCUAAAACCUGAGAUGAGGAAGACUUCAAGGGUUUUACAGGGCCCUUGUUUUUUAAAUCCAAAUUGAUAAUAAUGAUCUCAAAACACAGUGAGAGGUCUGAAGGCUGGCUUCUGAAGAAUCCCUGAUGUCUUAUUGGAACAACCACUGAGCUAUGGAGAGCUCUGCUGUGAUGGGCUAGGCACUUUAUAUCUGUGUGAAUACAGAUUUAUAAAACAGGUUAAUAAACUUAUCCAAGGUCACAUUUCA